AUGGCCCUGGGGAUGAGGCCAGUACUGCUACUGACCCUUGGCCUGGGUCUGAUCAGUACCCGGAAGACUCUGGAAGAGGUACCUGUGCAGCAAGGCUUUGAUGCCCAGAGGGUGCAGGGACGUUGGCUGACCCUCCAGCUGGCCUCUACCAGCUCCAGCCUGGUGUCCCCCGAUGACCCCCUGCGGCUGGCCCUGCAUUCUAUACGGAUGACAGCCAGUGGGGCCCUGCAGCUGAUACUCUUCUGGAUGGGAGAGGGGGUGUGUCAGGACCUGAAUAUCACUGUCCACCCAACGGGACUGUACGGCCAAUACCAAGGGUUCUUUGAAGCUGGUGGCAGCGUGCUGGUCCAAGUUGUGGGCACCAACUACCACAGCCUGAUCCUCUACGUGCAGGUGGAACAGGACGCCGAGACCAACAGCCUGUGGGCACUGCUGGGGAGAACAGAGAAGGUGGAACCCCAGUGGCUGGGCGAGUACCUGGACUACGUCCGGACCUUCCACCUAAAGAAAGCCCCUGUCUUCAACCUGGACGGUGGCUGCCCCCCACUGGAAGCCCAGGCCAGUGCCUGA